UUUUAUUGGUGGAAGACUUGUCGUCAUUUGUGACUCUCGCGGUACUGCAACGCGAAGAUGGCGGCCGAACUGGUGGAAGCGAUGAACAUGGUGAAAAGUUUCCGGGUCUCAGACCUACAGACGUUGCUGGCCUCAAUGGGUCGCAGCAAAAGUGGUCUGAAACAGGACCUGGUGGGGCGUGCGCUGAGGCUAGUGCAGACCGAGUACAGUCCAGAACUCUUGAAGAACGUCCGGCAGCUUUACGAGUCGCGUUUCCCCAAAUCAGCCGCUUGGCUCCCGGCACGACGUCCAGAGGGCGUCCCGGUGGCGUAUUCAUCGCUCAGCUCCUCCCCGUCGUUGACCUCACAGGGCACAGACUACCUCAACGGGAUCUCCAAACCGCUCCAUACUCCUGCAACCGAGGUCAGGCUGGUCCCUCUGCCCUUCUACCAAACCUUAGAGACGCUUCUGCCGCCAACAGAGCUAGUUGCCCACAACAAUGAAAAAUUACAGGACAGUCACCGCGUCUUCGAAUUAACACCAAGCCAAGCAGACCAGAUCCGGAAUGCAAGUGAGCUUCGUGCUGGGAUCCGAUCAGUCCAAGUGGUUCUUAGAAUCUGUUAUUCAGACCCUAUUGUUGUUCAGGAGGACCAGUAUCCCCCCAACAUUGCUGUCAAAGUCAACCAGUCCUAUUGCCAUGUUCCGGGAUAUUACCCCUCCAAUAAGCCUGGAGUUGAGCCUCGGCGUCCUUGUCGUCCAAUAAACAUCACUCCCUGGUUGCAUCUCUCCAGCGUCAAAAACGGAGUCACCAUCACCUGGGGGAACUUUGGCAAGCGUUACUCUGUGGCGGUGUACUUAGUGAGGGUCUUCACAGCAGCAGACCUCUUCAACCGGCUGAAGCUCUGCUCAGUUGAGAGUGCGGAACGCUGUCGUGAACGCAUCCAAGAUAAGCUUCGCUUUGAUCCAGAGAGUGAAAUUGCAACCACAGGCCUCAGAGUUUCUUUAAUCUGUCCACUGGUGAAGAUGCGGCUCGGUGUGCCAUGCCGACUUUUAACCUGCGCCCAUCUUCAGUGUUUCGACGCGGUUUUCUUCCUGCAGAUGAAUGAGAAGAAGCCCACAUGGACUUGCCCCGUGUGCGACAAACCUGCUCCAUUUGAACUGCUUACAAUCGAUGGGUUAUUAUCUGAGAUUCUCAAAGAGACGAGUGAAGACAUUGAGGAGAUUGAGUACCUAACAGACGGUUCCUGGCGACCAAUCAGAGAUGAGAAGGAAAAGGACAGGGAAAGGGAACGAAGCAACACACCAGAGUACCCUGUUGUUGAUAUAUGCAUUCCUGAAGCAAACGGACAUUCGCCGGCCCACAGCAGCACCAGUCUGUCGGGUCGGUCCGGAAGCGGUUCCGUGGGGACGUCCGCAGCCGCGGGGGGACCUGCGGCGGCGCCGGGCGGAGGAGUGGUGGUAGAUCUGACUCUGGACUCCUCCUCUGAGGAGGAAGGGGGCGGGGCCGGGGGGGACAGCGACGACACAGAGGACAGCAAUGACAGCCCCGCCCCCAAAAGGGGGCGGUACAACUACGACAAGGACCUGGUCACCGCAUACUGACCCUGCAGCUCUGUCCCUCCUCACAGACUGACACGCGGAGACAGAGAGGCGGGCAAGGCGGCGGGCGGGGCUUAAAAUGUGAGGACAGGCACACGGUAACCCUCUAGAUGCACCGACGCUCUCAUCUCCCGAGCAUCAGAGCCUUUUUAGCAGCUCUAGUUCGAUUUCAGACGAAGCAAACACACACUCAAACUUGUUCUGUCAGUGACUCUUCAGCUUGCAGUGAGCUGGAGUCCCGUUUGUUCUGCACAUCUGUGGAAGCAACUCCAUUUGCCCCGGCGCCACCCUGCAGUGAGUAUCCGUACCUUCCAGCCUCUACUACAGACACCGACUGGACCGAGCACCCCACCUCCACCUCCAUCUGUUUUCCCUCUCUCUUUUCAGACUCCUCCCUUCUCACAAUCUCUUUGUAUAGACUCCAAAUUACUGGCUCUUUUAGCCAUGGGCGUUCAAUGUUUGCAUCUGGUUUUUGUCACAUUGCUUAGGAACUGGCAAUUUGAAAACAGAGGCUGCUCUGUAGCUUUUUGGAUGAAAAACAAACAAAAUAAGGCAUGAAAUGUUUGAAGAACAAGGCAACAAUCUUUUGAGAACCCUGGGAAUCUUUUGACAGCUUGAUUUAAAGCUUGAGCUCUCACUCUCAGCAAUUCAUCCAUUUUGGAUACGUCUUCAGCUUUCAAUUUUUAUUGUCCUAAAGAGAACCUACCUCAGUCAUUUAACACUUAGAAGAUUGGCCCGGAAGUUGGUUUGAAAGAAGUGGGUGAAUGAGAAUUUCUGAAUCCAAUUUUACACUGGAGUUUGUUUUUUUUUCUUGCCUUAUUCUUUUUUUUUCCAUUUCCCUUGUUUCAUGCAGUUGUGUUCCCUUUGCAGCAACAAAGAAACCCAGUUGAAAAGUAGUAGGUGUGUGGAUUACCAGCUUCUGAACGAAGCAAAGACUUAACACCUCUCUGCAAAAAUAAACGGCUACUAUUAGGCAUUUGUUGAAAUAAGUUAUUACACGGGCAGGCUAUACAUCAAAAUUACUGUACUGGUACUGGCCCAAAGCAGAAAUGGUUGCUGGCUGGAGCUGGUUAUGGAGUUUUGGUGCCUUUUUUUAAGUGUUGGAAAUUUGAUUUCAGCAUUUGAAGGUUAUCUGAGGAUGUCACGAAGUGAGGUUUCAGUUUCGUGCGUUUAUUUUUUGGUUGAUUCAUACUGAAGGUUUUGAAUCAAACAAAUGACCAGAACAGGCUGUUGAAGCGCUGAUGCCAUUUUGGGGUUGGAAUUAUUUAUUUGUUUAUAUGUUUUUAUUAUUUUUUAUUUUGCAGUUGUUCCUGGUUAGUUGCACAACAUCUAGCUUCAGCUGUUACUUGCAAUGGCAUCUCCACUUGCAUGGGGUUUUGCUGUUUGCAACUAAAUACCUUCAAGGUUGGUGACUCUACUUCUUUAGGUAUAGAAGACUAGCUGGAUCAAAGAUUCAAGGCUUUCAGUGCAUUUGUUGCUGCAUAAAAUCCUCACCUACCUGACCGGGUCAGAAAGGGUCCUUUUUGAAACUGACAGCGGCUUUCUACUGCACCAACUCUCUCGCUCUCUCUCUUUCUGUGUCUCUCACUCUCAGGCUCUUAGCAUUCUAGAUGAGGUUUUAUCUAUUAGCUGGAGUAAAAUCAGAUCUUAUUUGCUGCAUUCUCAAGACUCUAAUAUAUCCUCUGCACCUGCACUAGUGUAAAUAUUUGAUGUCUGCCUCCAAGAUAAAGAUGCUCAGUCUACAAAUGCAGGCUUUAGAUAUAUUUCAUGUAUAAAGAUGUUGCUAGAGAUCUGCGUUCAUGUAAUGCUUUCAGAUGUUUUUCUUAGUUUGAAAGGCUCUUUGGUGUGGCAAGUAUUAAACAGGGUCUCUUGAACCAGUUCUCACAUACUAUCACUUUAGUAAUCCAGUAAAGGAGGCUUCAGCAGCUGCAGUCCUGCUUCACUGUGUCUGUUUGGUUUGGCUAGGUCCAGUUCUGCAGGGUGUGCUUUCCGAGUUGCAGUUUUAACAGAUUGGUUUUAUUUUCCCUCGCUCAGGUUCACAGUGAUUUACACAAUGAUUUGGGGUGUGUCUGGUGAACGGAAUUACUUUAGAUGGUCUCGUCUUCCAUGUUUCCCUCUGUACCUUAACAGCAUAUGACAUGGAUAUGAAGGGGGAAUCGUUUUGUGAGCCACCAAAAACCAAUGCCUGCAAAACUGAACAGGAUAAAUCCAUAAAGGUCACUUUGAGGCAAAAUGGAGAAAUCUUAAAACCGGUCUUUAACUUAGAAGCUGUCAGUAAUUUAUGCACACAUAAAUUUUUUUUUUAUUGUUGCUGUGAGGGGAUCUCUGACUUCUUGUGGGCUUCUGGUCAAAGAUGAGGUGGUGCGGGUUGCUACUGUGGAACUGAGCCACUGAGUGUUUGCAUUUAGUUUGAAAACUAGAAACAACUAAGGCUCUUUUUUCUUUGUUUUUUUCUUUGUAGUGGCAUCUAUUCUUUUAAAAAUUCAUAUGGUAGCACAGGCAGAGGCUUACAAUCCAUGAUGUAAAUGUUUUUUUUAUUUUAUAUAUAUGUUCCUAUUAAGACAAUAAAACUAAAUAAUAUUUUAUUAAGCCUUGAUUUGCCUUCAGUUCUUCUAGGCAAGUAGACAAUAAGAAGCUGAGUGCAGCACCACUGGACUCUUAAUGCCACUGAGAACUGAGAGGACUGAUUACGGUGGGUUUUGUUUUUUCUCUGUACCAAAUGCACAGAUGUGGGGACACGUUUGUUGCCUGUCGAGGAUGAAACUGUAAAAUUGGAAACGAUCGUAUUCUAACAGCUGUUAUUGAUGUGUGGAAUUAAUUAAAAUCAGUUCUUAAAAAAAAAA